AUGCUUGGCAUAUGCAGGUAUGUUUCCACUGCAAGCUAUAGAUCCUUUUAUUCAAUUGACAUACCCCAGUCACGGCUUCUGAGAAGAGCGACUCUUCUUGGCACAAUACUUUCUUCAGAUGAGAUGAAUAUUACUACUUUAUGUGGUGGCAGAGUUGCUCAUCCACUUCUUGUCAGCCUAGCAAAUAUCAAGAUGUCCACAUGCCUAAAAUUGUCAUCCAACUCAUUUAUGCUUGCCACUCUCCUCCCCAUCCCCAAGUUUGUGCACAAGAACAAGUGUAUCCACAGCCUCCUUGAAGAUAGGCUCAUUCAUGAAUGCCUGGAUAUCGUACUUGAACCUGUCAAGCAAGCUGCCAAACUUGGCAUUAUAUUACCAGAUUCUCUGGGGCAAAUGCAGUACUGUUUCAUGCCAAUCGUGGGUUAUAUCACCAACACUCCCAAGGCUGCCAUGCUCGCAGCUGUUGGGGGAAAGACUUCCCCAAUCACCAUGGCAAUGUACAAACAGUUUGGAGACCCAUUCUGA